CAGAGGAAGCACUCUUCUUCUCUGUACUCUCCAGUAUGAGGUCUUGGGGCAGAGCUGUUGUCCGGAGGAGGAUGCUCUGUCUCUGGCUGCUGCUUCUUGGCUUCGCCCUCGUCACACUGACGCUGUCGGUCCUUUUAAACCGCGACAAGACGCACAGUCGUCACAAUCCUGAUGGGCCGCUGCUGCUGCGGUUCUCCAGUCCACUGGACCUGGAGGUCAUGGUGGACUCCCGGGAUCUCCCGCCACUGAAAUCACUACAAGAAGACCAGCUUUUACUCGUGGCAUCCACGCAGGACAACGGGAGCCCGCCGCAGAAGAAGGGGACUUACAAGGUGCUUCUUGCGCGAGGAGCGAACAAGGAUAACAGCGCAACUGACGGAGACAUGGACAAAGAGGAGCGGUUUCUCCUCGAGGGUCUGGAGAAAGAAACGGAGCAGGCGGCAGUGAUGAAGCACGGGUUCAACGAGGUGGUCAGCGAGAAGAUUUCACUGCACCGUAGGCUCCCCGAGGCGCGCCAUCCCGGGUGUUUGGGGGAACAGUACAGCGAGUCGCUUCCAUCGGCAAGUGUCGUUAUCUGUUUCCAUGACGAGGCUUGGUCCACGCUCCUGCGCACCGUGCACAGUGUCCUCCACACUGCACCCAAACAGUAUCUGCACGAGGUUCUGCUGGUGGACGACCUGAGCCAGCAAGGUCACCUGAAGAGUGUGCUGAGUGAGUAUGUGUCCCAUCUGGACGGGGUGCGUUUGAUUCGCAGCACCAAGCGCCUGGGUGUCGGUGGGUGCCGCACUCUUGGUGCUACCAGGGUUACAGGGGAAGUGCUGGUCUUCAUGGACUCCCACUGUGAAUGCCAGAUAGGCUGGCUGGAACCACUGCUGGAGAGAGUGGCCCAGGACCGGACCAGAGUGGUUUCCCCCAUCAUAGAUGUCAUAGACUGGAAGACUUUUCAGUACAAUGCCACCCAGUGGCCGGUUAGAGGAGUGUUCGAUUGGAAACUUGACUUCUAUUGGGAAUCCAAGUCCCCACUUCAAGACCAGGACCCAGACUCAGCUGUGCAACCUCUAAAGUCUCCUGUUUUAGGAGGUGAAGUUUUGGCCGUUGACAGACAUUUCUUCCAAAGGACGGGAGCCUAUGACCCCGGGAUGCUUUUGUGGGGGGCUGAACAAAUCGAGCUGUCAAUCAGGGUGUGGUCCUGCAGUGGCUCCAUGGAGGUGGUUCCCUGCUCUCGCGUGGCUCACCUCAGUCACCACCACGUGCCGUACCGCUUCCCAGACCAGGAGCUACUUCAGAGGAACAAGAUCCGCGUUGCAGACACGUGGAUGGACGCGUACAGGAAGAUCUUCUACAGGAGAAACACUCUGGCUCAUUUCAUCCGACAGUCUGAGAGCCCGAACAUCACAGAGCGUCUGCGACUGAAGAGCAAUCUUGGCUGCAGGAACUUCCACUGGUACCUGACCACGGUUUACCCACAACUCUACAUCCCACAGGACAGACCUGCACUGUCAGGAGAGCUGUAUAACGUCGGCACCGGCAGCUGCGCGGACUUCCUUCAAGGGCAGGGACCACACGGUGGACCCAUGAACACGGGACCGUGCAGUGGGACGGGCAGUCAGCAUUAUGAUCUCAACUCUGAGGGUGAAGUGCGCUGGGGUCCGAUGGGGUCUUUGUGUUUGGACACCAAAGGAGAGAGGGUUGUCCUCUCUCCCUGUCCCACCCACAGUCCCACCACCGGUACACUUAAGUGGAAAUUCAUUAAGCUGAGGGGCCAACUCAUUCACCAGCGGUCUCAGUUAUGUGUGGAAGCAGUGAAUGAAGGAGUCCCACAGGAGGUGGACGCCCACAGCAGCACGGGGGAUCUCUUCCUCCGCCCGUGCACCCAUCACCCCAGACAACAGUGGCACUUUGAGCAGCUGGUGGCACCUCAAGGUGCCUGAUAUAGACACUAGACAAAGACUGUGAAUCCUAUAGGCAGAUAGGGUAUUAUCUUAUAUUUACCAUGAUUCCCUCUGCCCUCACUGAAAGUAUGUACAAAAUGUGAUCCCUUUUUUUUCAAAAAAAAUCUUUGUUCCUGUUUUAAGGAUUGUAAAUACAAUUUAAAUGAUAUUAGCUUCAGUGACUAUGAAUUUGUUAUG